AUAAAAACCAGAUCUGAUCCGUGUCCCCACAUUGUCUGAGACCGGAACCCCAUCAGCGCCGCCCCUCCAUCCCCAUCCAUGGCAGACGACAGCGACGGCGAGGGGUUCUGCGCCAACCCGUUCGAGGACGAUAGCGACGGCGGUAACUCAUGCGACUAUCGCUGCUGCUGUGAUGAUGACGACGAGGGCGAGUGGUCAUGCGGUGCCCCCUGCGACGAGGAGGACGACGACGACAGCAACGGCGAGGAGAUCUGCAGGGACCCGCGCGACAACGUCGUCGUCGACGACGACGAAGACGAAGGGGAGGUCGAGGAAGCGUUAUGCCACGACGACGACGAAGGUGAGAGCGAUGGGUCGUUAUGCGACGAGGACGCCGAGGGCGAGCAGUUAUCCGACGACGACGAAUGCGAGGGGAAGGGCGGGGGAUUCGGCGACGACCGGUGUGACGAUGAGGACGAGGGCAAGCCCGACGGGGAGAGCGAGGAUUUCUGCGAGAACCCCUCCAACCAUGACGAAGAUGUCGGUGCGGAGGUGCUAUCCCGCGGCGGCGGCGGCGGCUUCCGCGGCGGGGAGUUAUUCGUCUCCCGCUUCCUUUUUUCAGAUGCUUCCGACAUCUCCGACUCCGAUCAUUCCGACUCCGAGGUAGAGGAGGCCGGCGGCGGAGAGGGGCUCACGCCCAGCGGGUUCGACCAGACGCCGUCGCCCGGGGCCUUCCGGAUGGCGGUGGGCGUAGAAGACAGCGACUCCGAUACCGUAUCCACCGAUUCCGAUUACGAAGACGACUACGAAUUCCUCAAGCGGCCCGCGUCACGCCAGGCGGUGGAAGGCCUGCCGGAGAUGAUCCUCAGCGAAGAGGAGGCCACGUGCGGCUGCGCGGUGUGCAAGGAUGUCUUCGCGUCAGGGCAACGCGUUGUCUUUCUCCCGUGCAAGCACUACUUCCAUGGCGACUGCAUCCUGCCAUGGCUCGCCAUGAGGAGCACAUGCCCUGUGUGCCGGUAUCAACUCCCCACCGAUGAUACUGGGUCUGGGCAGCGACAGUCACAUCAAUUGAGGGUCCUUUUACCAGUGGAUCCUCAGGGUGCAUCUCAGCAGUGUCAUGGUAGGGUUGGAAUGUUUGUGAAAUUGUGCGUGGGAUACGCUAAGGAAUUGAGGCAUGGAAGUGAGCUAGGAGCAGACAAGGUUGCUCAACCCCUAUGUGAACAAAAGCUAGACCUCGGGAAUGAUGUGCUAGAUCCCAGUGGUGCCGGCCCUAGCCCAAAGGCGCGCUUCAUCUCUAAUUGUGUUGGUGAGGUGGGAGACCGAAGGCCGCUCGCCGUCGAAGAUGCAACCAUUCCGAUGCUUCCAGAGCCACCAUGUGGUGAGGAUGAUGAGGGAGGCCAAGCCUUCCCGCGUCGAGGUGGGUGCAUGGCCGCAGGAGUAGGUCCAGCAGGAGUGAAAGUCAGUGUCCGCAGUCGGCAGAUCAGCGGUUGACUAAUCCAGCUUAGGAUCUCGUGCCCACACCUGCCGGA